GAAACUCGCCCCAAACUAAACAGAACGAUCGCAAAGUCCACGCAAGCGUGCCCUCUAGGCUCCGCCAAACCCCUUAAAACUGGUUUAAGCAUGUAUUGUUGAGUUCAACAGAUACUGUAUAGCUCUGAACCUAGCUCACCAGCGCUGCUGGGUCGACAUGGCCAAACAAGCACUGUUACCGCUCUGCGCUUUGUUUCUGUAUGCGGUUGUGUACAAAUGCAGCGCAAAUGCUAGUGAAGCUGGCACCAUCCUCAUCCAGGGCGGCACGGUUGUGAACCAUGACCAGCAGUUUGAGGGCGAUGUGCUGAUCCAGGACGGGCUGAUCGCCGAGGUGGCGCCACGCAUAGAGCCUCCCCCCGGCGCCCGGCUGCUGGACGCCCGCGGCUGCUACGUGCUGCCUGGCGGCAUUGACCCACACACGCACCUGGACAUGCCCUUCAUGGGCACUGUCACCGCUGACGACUUCUACACGGGCCAGGCUGCGGCCCUGGCGGGCGGCACCACCUACCACAUCGACUUCGCGCUGCCGCUGCUGCACGACCUGUUGCAGGGGUACCGGGUGUGGAAGGAGCGGGCCGCUCGCGGGUGCAUGGACUAUAGCUUCCACAUGGCCGUGACCAAGUGGACACACGACGUGGCUGCCGACAUGGCCACACUGGUGGCGGAGGGAAUCAACUCGUUCAAGUUCUUCAUGGCGUACAAGGGCUCGCUGCAGAUCAACGACGAGGAACUGAUCGAGGGCCUCAACCGCUGCAAGGAGCUGGGCGCCCUGCCCAUGGUGCAUGCGGAGAACGGAGACAUGGUGGCGUGGAUGCAGGAGAGGCUGCUGGCCGCCAACGUCACGGGCCCCGAGGGCCACCCGCUGUCGCGGCCGCCAGCGCUGGAGGGCGAGGCCACGGGCCGCGCCAUCCGGCUGGCGGGGGUGGUGGGCGUGCCGUUGUACGUGGUGCACGUCAUGAGCAUUGACGCCAUGGAGGAGGUGGCUCGUGCGCGGCAGCGCGGCCAGCGGGUCAUUGGCGAGCCGGUGGCCAGCGGACUGGCGCUGGACGAGUCGCCGGUGUGGGACUCCAACUUCACGAGGGCGGCGGCGUUCGUGAUGAGCCCGCCGCUGAGGAGCGCCGAGCACGCGCCCGCACUGCGCAAGGCCCUGGCCAGCGGUGUGCUGCAGCUGGUUGCCACCGACCACGCCGUGUUCAACAGCAGCCAGAAGGCGGGCGGGCGGCGCGACUUCCGGCGCAUCCCCAACGGCGUCAACGGCAUUGAGGAGCGCAUGCACGUGGUGUGGCAGGAGAUGGUGGUGGCAGGCCUGUCCACGCCCUCCGAGUAUGUGCGGAUGACCAGCACAGCCGCCGCGCAGAUCUUCAACAUCUACCCGCGCAAGGGGCGGCUGGCGGCGGGCAGUGACGCCGACGUCAUCAUCCUGGACCCGCGUGUCAAACACAGGCUGGGCGUGGGCGCCUCCCACUCGCCCCGCAUGGACACGAACGUGUACGAGGGCAAGGAGGUACAGGGCCGCGUGGUCACCACCAUCAGCCGGGGGCGGCUGGUGUGGCACGAGGGCGUGUUGGACGUGGCAGAGGGCAGCGGGCGCUACGUGCCGCUGCCGGCAUUCGGGCCGCUGUUCGAGGGCAUGGCGGAGCAGGCGCGCAGGGCUAUGCAGUUGCCGUACGGCCCCACCCCCGUGCCCCGGGACAGCGAGGAGGCCGGCUCAGCUGCCUCGGGCGGGGAAGGCGGCAAGUCGUGCUCGGCAGCAGGCGUGCUGUGAGGCUUUUGGUGGCGAGAGACGCGGCUUUUGAGUUGGGAGGUUGGAGUUGGGAGGUUGGGCGCAGGGGUGGGCGCAGGGGAGGGCUUGCCUUCAGACGGGUUGCGAGGGCAAGUGAGGGCACCGCUGUGAGGGCACCGGUCGCGGAACCGCUGUAAUCAGUGAAGAGCGUGUCAGGGGGGCCAGUCACGCGCCGGGAGUCGAUGCCAAGAGACGGGUUCCUUGAAGAGGAUGUGGCGGAUGCUGGAGACCGUCGGAUUCAGAAGGUGCAAAUCGCAACAGGAGUUACGCCCGCAACUUUUUAGUAACGCUGCUUGUGGAGGGCUUAAGCUUAUCGUAUGGGGCUUAGUUAGCGAUUUCCACGCUUUUGGCGCGAUGUUGGGACUCGGGAAUUCAAGCACCAUAGGAUCCAAUGCAACCGCUGAGUCGGGCUGGUGUGGCCCUCCAUUUGUCUCUGAGGAAGGCAUACUUAUCAAUUGCUAUCUGAC